AUGGUAUUUGUGAAGAGAAGGGCGAAUGAGGAGUUUUUGAUACUGUCUGUAAUUUGGGUAAAAGAAAAAGCUUGCUUUGUUGAUGUUGAUGAGGUUAAAUCAAUAUCAAAUGCUAAGGUGUCUCUUGAAACUGUUGGUUUGUUUCGUGGGGUCGAGUUGUUGGUUACUGAGAAAGAGUUAAGGGAUUCCAAUUGGUAUUCGAUUAAAGAUUAUUGGGUAGAGUGUCUUGAAUCUGAUUCAAAGAAUGUUGGUUAUGUCGAUGGAGGGGUUGGUCAAAAGGGGUUUGAAUGUGAAAGAAGGAUUAGACGAAGCGCAAUUCCUCAUCAUUCUUCAUCUCAUUCAAGCCCACAACACAUUUUUUCUGGUCGCCAACAUGGUAUGGUCAGGACCUAUAAGGUCAUACCGUCUCCAUGGAACCCGACACCAGACACCCGGUUCGUCAACAAGUUCGAUUCGCCCCCGACUUCCAGGUUAUUUACCAAAGUGCCAUCAAAGCCCACCAAUCACUCCAAGUUUACAGGAAAGUGUGGCAAGCCACGGUGUGUAGAAUGUCAUAUGCACCCGGCUUGUAAAUCCAAAGACAAGACCAAGGGAACUCAGAAGUUUAACUCACGUGAUUUGGUCUCAAAUUAUAAGUCCAUCACGUGGCGGGUUACAGAUGGCCGACCCGGUUUGAAUUAUUCCGGGUUUUCAGCCACGGGGAUAUUGGACCAUUUGGGUAGUGAUUAUGGAGAUGAGGAAGUUGAUGAUAAUGGCAGCGAUGUUUGAAGCUUUAAUGGUUAAUUUGGUCAAUAUUUUGGGAGAAUUUUGGUGUCAAGCAUGAAGAGAUGAGAUGAUAAAUGUUGGAGAUGUUGAUGAUGAAAGGCAUAAUGUUAUGAAGUGGGAAUCUGAAGGAGAUAAAGCUUGUUUGUAAUGUUGAUUUAUUUGUUUCUGUGAUGUAUUCUGUUUUUGGUAUAAUUUGAAAUGCUUUUAAUGGUGUCCGUGUCACAUAAACUUAUGGGGAAUAUUUAAGAUAAUGUGGUAGCACUAAUGGGACGCCUUCAUUCGGCCCUUCCGCAUCUACAAAAACGCACCCCCAAACACUUA